AUGACUGACUCGGAGAGCCAUUAUGCCUUCGACGAUGGCCCCGAUGACGAGCAGUCCAUCAUCUCUCCUGCUAACCAUGUCGUGUCUCUUCUCUGCCCGCAGACUCGAGGACUCGAAGCCUUCAGCCGCAAAGUCACUGUCACGGCAAGCCAGCUCAUGGGCCCGGCCGCAGAGGCAUCGGGAGCCCAUUAUCGCGCCGCCCUCGCCGAAGUUCACAAGCAGAUGAAGCGUCCCAGCGUCCAGCGCGGCAUGUUCUCCAUGGCCCGGUCCAGCCCUACCGAGAUUGUGCGGUCCAAGCUGUCCACGGCCGAGAUCCAGCACCGCGCCCUCACCCACCUGCCCGACGAGCUGCUGUCCAACAUCCCCGAGCACCAGAACGCCUAUUCGCUGUUCCAGGGCUUCCAGGCCAGCUUCCCCGAGCUGGCCGACGACAGGAAGAAGCACCGCCGACAGCCGUCGAGGGGCAGGAAGCUGCUGGAGGAGGGGGAGAACACACCCGCAACGCCGACCAAGUUGAAUCAGCUCAAGAAGGAAAAGACGACCAUGGUGCACGAGCUGGAACUACUGGGGGUGCGCAAGAGCAUGGUCAGCUGUGAGAUCCGCGAAAUAGACAACAAGAUUGCCAAUCUCUACGGCAUGCGUAGGAUUGUGCUGGAGAGGUUGGCGGGCUUUGAGCAGGACGAGGCGACACUCGAGCAUGAUGUUCUUCGUCUAAUCAAUGCCUCUCUUUGGUUGCCCCCUGGUGUAGUCAUGGAUCUCGAAUUGAAAAUCGACGAAGUCCAAGCCAUCGUCGACGAGGCCGAGGAGAUUGCACGCAACACUGCCACCAAGGACGAGCGAGAUCUGGUGGGAGAUGCCGACGACUACGACCCCGAAUUCAUGUCCAAGUCCGUCUAUGAGAAGCUGCCCGCCACCGACGGCAAGCAGCGCAAGCCGAAAAAGGUCCAUCGCCGGAAAUCCAUGCCCAUUCUGCACGAGCACUUUGCCCCGGGAUCAAGCAUCCGCGAAAUCCGGGCCCAUCGCGAUACUAUCACGGCCAUGGAUUUUGAUGCGCCGUUUGGAACUCUGGUCACUGCCGCACUGGACGAUACUGUCCGGGUUUGGGAUCUGAACGCCGGUCGAUGCAUGGGCUACCUAGAGGGCCACACGGCCUCGGUCCGAGCAUUGCAGGUCGAGGAUAACAUUCUAGCUACCGGUUCCAUGGACGCCACCAUCAGAUUGUGGGAUUUGAGCAAAACACGCUACAACCCUCAAGGUGGCAAGGACGCCGGCGACGACGACGAGGACGCCAUUGCUUUUGAACACCCCGAUGCGCAGCCCAUCGAGCCUCCCGAGGGCAGCAUGGACGACUGCGCUCUCUUUACGCUAUCAUCCCACGUCGACGAAAUCACCGCACUUCACUUCAGAGGAGACGUCUUGGUUUCCGGCUCAGCGGACAAGACGAUCCGGCAUUGGGACUUGGAAAAGGGCCGCUGCGUUCAGACGCUCGACGUCAUGUGGGCGGCCGCUCAGGCAUCGGCCAUUGCAACGACUGACGAUACCUGGAGGCCGACCGGCCGAGCCCAGGGAACCACGGCUGACUUUGUUGGUGCCUUGCAAGUGUUUGAGUCCGCGCUGGCGUGCGGUACCGCCGACGGCAUGGUCCGUUUGUGGGAUCUCCGAAGCGGCCAAGUCCACCGCAGCCUGGUGGGCCACACCGGCGCCGUGACAUGUCUGCAGUUUGACGACGUACAUCUAGUGACGGGCAGUUUGGACCGAAGCAUCAGAAUAUGGGAUCUCCGAACAGGGUCCAUCUACGACGCUUACGCCUACGACAACCCCGUCACCAGCAUGAUGUUUGAUGCGCGACGGAUUGUCAGCGCGGCCAGCGAGGACGUGGUCAAGGUGUACGAUAAGGUCGAGGGACGGCAAUGGGACUGCGGAGCGGGCAUCGCCGCGUCCGAGGGCGCCAAGAAUGCCGCCGUCGUCGAGCGUGUACGUAUUAGAGACGGCUACCUGGUAGAGGGUAGGCGGGACGGCAUUGUGGGAGUAUGGACUUGUUAG